CUGCACAGCCGCGCGGUCGCGUCGGAGAUCGCGCCCGCGGACCUCGCGCCGCCGUCCGGCGCGGACCUCCACGGCUUCGAGCUCGUCCGCGAGGAGUACGUCGCGGAGUACGACGCGAAGGCGUUCCUGUUCAAGCAUCUCAAGACGGGCGCGGAGGUCAUGUCGCUCUCGAACGACGACGAGAACAAGUGUUUCGGCGUGACGUUCCGGACCCCGCCGGAGAACAGCACGGGGAUCCCGCACAUCUUGGAGCACUCCGUGCUGUGCGGCUCGCGGAAGUACCCGAUCAAGGAGCCGUUCGUGGAGCUCAUCAAGGGGUCGCUGAACACGUUCCUGAACGCGAUGACGUACCCCGAUCGCACGUGCUACCCGGUCGCCAGCUGUAACCUUCAAGACUUCAAGAACCUUGUGGACGUGUACCUCGACGCGGUGUUCCACCCGAACUGCAUGACGAACGAGAAGACGUUCUUACAGGAAGGGUGGCACUACGAGCUGGAUGAUAAAGACGCGGAGAUGACGUUCAAGGGCGUCGUGUUCAACGAGAUGAAGGGCGUGUACUCGUCCCCGGAUUCGGUGCUCGCGACGGCGUGCCAGCAGGCGUUGUUCCCGGAUAACACGUACGGCGUGGACAGCGGCGGCGACCCGCGCGUCAUUCCGGAUUUGAGCUUCCAGGAGUUUCAGGAGUUCCACGGGAAGUUUUACCACCCGAGCAACGCGCGGAUGUGGUUCUACGGCGACGACGACGUCUCCGACCGCCUGAAGCUCUUGAACGAUUUCCUCGACGAGUUCGACAAGAAAGACGUCGACUCCUCCAUCGCCACGCAGCCGUUCUUCACGGAACCGAGGCGCGUCGUCAAGUCGUACAUCGCGGGCGAGGGCGAGGAGCAGCAGAAGUCGUUCGUGCAGGUGAACUGGCUCCUGAACGACGGCCCGUUCGACGUCGAGACCGGGCUCGCCGUCGGCUUCCUCGAUAACCUUCUCCUCGGCUCCCCCGCGGCGCCGCUGCGAAUGGCGCUGGAGGAGUCCGGCCUCGGCGAGGCCAUCGUGGGUUGGGGUCUCGAGGACGAGCUUCGUCAGCCGACGUUCGCGAUCGGUCUCAAGGGCGUCGCGAAAGAGGACGUUCCCAAGGUGGAGGCGUUGAUCGAGGCCACGAUCGCGAAGAUCGCGGAGGAGGGGUUCACGCGAGAGGCGAUCGACUCCUCCGUGAACACGAUCGAGUUCAGCAUGCGCGAGAACAACACCGGGCGGUUCCCGCGCGGUCUGUCGCUCAUGCUGCGGUCUCUGAGCGCGUGGCUGUACGAGAAGGAUCCGUUCCAGCCGCUUCGGUUCGAGGGCCCGCUCGCGGACCUCAAGGCGAAGAUGGCCGCGGGCGACGUCUUCAAGCCGCUGCUGAAGAAACUGUUGAUCGACAACGCGCACAAGGUGACCGUGGAGUUGAACCCGGACGCGACGCUCGCGUCGAAGCAAGAGGCGGACGAGAAGACGCGGAUCGCGGAGUACCGCGCCGGUCUGUCCCCGGAGGACAUCGAGAGGGUCGUCGCGGAGACGGAGGAGCUGAAGACGUUGCAAGAGACGCCGGACUCGCCCGAGGCGACGGCGUGCGUUCCCACGCUCGAGAUCGGGGACAUCCCGAAGACGUCCAAGGCGAUCCCGAGCGAGACGUCGUCCAUCGGGGAGACCACGGUGCUGACGCACGAUCUGUUCACGAACGACAUCCUGUACGCGGAGCACCUCAUGGACCUCCACGCGGUCCCCAUGGACCUCAUGCCGCUCGUCCCGCUGUGGUGCCGCGCGAUGCAGCGCAUGGGCACGAACAAGCGGGACUUUGUCGAAUUCGACCAAACCAUGGGCGCGCAAACCGGCGGGUUCUCCCUCUCCCCCUUCACGUCGUCCAUGCGCGGCAGCGACGACGUCGCCGCGUACCUCAUGCUCCGGGGCAAGUGCACGUCCGCGCAGUCCGGGAUGAUGCACGACCUCAUGACGGAGAUGCUCCUCGACGCGAAGCUCACGGAUAGGGACGUCUUCAAGCAACUCGUGAACGAGUCGCGCACCGGGAUGGAAUCCAGGGUCCAAGCCGGCGGGCACUCCGUCGCCGCGGGCCGCCUCGACGCGCAAGACUCCGUCGCCGGGUACGUCAGCGAGCAGCUCGGCGGGCUCGCGCAGCUGGAAUACCUCAGAGCGCUCGCGAAGAGGGUGGACUCGGACUGGGACUCGGUCGUCGCGGAUCUGGAGAAGAUUCGCGCCGCCGUCGUCCAACGCGCGGGGUCGGUGACGAAUCUCACCGCGGACGCGAACACGCUCGACCGCGUGAACGCGUCCGUGACCGGGUUCCUCGACGCCUUGCCCGCGACCGGCGUUGGGUCCGCGACCGAGCCGUGGUCGCCGUCGCUCGUGCUGUCCCCCGUGAACGAGCUCAUCACGGUGCCGACGCAAGUCGGCUACGUCGGGAAAGCCGCCAACUUGUACAAAGCCGGGUACGACCUCCACGGCAGCGCGUACGUGGUGAACAAACUGUUGGGCACGACGUGGCUGUGGGACCGCGUGCGCGUCGUCGGCGGAGCGUACGGCGGCUUCUCCGACUUCGACUCGCACAGCGGCAUGUUCACGUACUUAUCCUACCGCGACCCCAACCUCAUGAAGACGGUGGAAAAUUACGACGGCACCGUGGACUACCUCAAAUCCCUGGAGAUCGGCGGCGACGAGCUCACCAAGGCGAUCAUCGGCACGAUGGGCGACAUCGACGCGUACCAGCUCCCGGACGCGAAGAGGUACACGUCGCUCAUGCGUCACCUUCUGAAGGUGUCGGACGAAGAGAGACAAGAGCGUCGCGAACAAAUCUUGUCGACGAGCCAGAAGGACUUCAGAGCCUUUGGCGAAGCGCUCGAGGCGACGCGCGCGCCGGGGGCCAAGGUGUGCGCGGUCGUGUCCCCGGAGGCGGCGGAGAAGGCGGUGAAGGAGCGACCGGAUCUGGACUUCAAGGUGACGUCCGUGAUGUGAUCGGCGGUUUGGUCGGUCGGUCGGAGAGAGAGAGAGAGAGGGCGGCGGGGACGCCGUCCAGUCUGGCGGCGUCGCGCGGCGAAAAUCAUCAGACUGGAAGAAAUUUUGCCAUUGUUUAAAAUUCGAACCCGACCACGAC